GGGCAGGAGGCGGCGCGGAGGGAGGGCAGGCCGGCUUCGGGAAGCGGUCCUCCGCGCUGGGACUGGUUCCUUCGCAGCCAUUUUCUGUCCAACCAAACAGCCGAUUUGCGGAGGGAGCCAACCAGGGCCGCACUGGAGAUGGAUGGUGAUAGUUCUACCACAGAUGCUUCUCAGCUGGGAAUUGCUGGAGAUUACAUUGGUGGUAGUCACUAUGUGAUCCAACCUCAUGAUGAUACUGAGGACAGCAUGAAUGAUCAUGAAGACACAAAUGGUUCCAAAGAGAGUUUUAGAGAACAAGAUAUAUACCUUCCUAUUGCAAAUGUGGCAAGGAUAAUGAAGAAUGCUAUACCUCAGACAGGAAAGAUUGCUAAAGACGCAAAAGAAUGUGUGCAGGAGUGUGUCAGUGAAUUCAUCAGCUUUAUUACGUCAGAAGCGAGUGAGAGGUGUCAUCAAGAGAAACGGAAGACAAUAAAUGGAGAAGAUAUUCUCUUUGCUAUGUCUACUCUGGGAUUUGAUAGCUAUGUUGAACCUUUGAAGUUGUAUCUUCAAAAGUUUAGAGAGGCAAUGAAAGGAGAAAAAGGUAUUGGUGGAACAGUUACCACAGCAGACGGCCUUAGCGAGGAGCUCACAGAGGAAGCAUUUACUAACCAGUUGCCAGCAGGUUUGAUAGCUACAGAUGGCCAGCAACAAAACGUCAUGGUUUAUACAACAUCUUAUCAACAGAUCCCUGGUGUUCAGCAAAUUCAGUUCUCAUGACUUGAAGGCGGCUUUAGAUCUUGACAUACGAUAAGUAUCAGCAAGGAAUGCUAAAGGAAAGAGAACUUGAAUUUGAACUGGCUGGUGAAGAAAGAAAUGUCACUUUGUAUAUUCAAUAGUUGUAACGUAGCUUCCUGAGGCUUGACUAACUGAGGUGUGAACUCCGAUUCAAACCUUUUUUCAUGAGUGAUUUUAAAAGAAAUUGGAUUUUAAAGGUAUUAAAAUAUUUUUUGUUUUGUACAAGAGUUUGUUGCUCUGUAUAACUCCUGUAUGCAUUGUAUAUUGCAAUUUACUACUGUCAGAGAUUUGUAGACAGUUUCUUAUUUUCAUAUUGAAUCAUGUUACUUUUGUAAUUCAAGUAAACAGCUGGGUUUAAUUCAUGUUUACCCUUUGAAUAAAACAUAAGGGUACAGUUCAUUUUGAAUGCAAGUUGCCUUUAUUAUAAAAAUUGAGAUGACCUUUUGUUUUGUAUCUGUCUUGCAUGAACUAAAGUUGAAUUAAAUAUUUAAUAUUUUAACCUGAAAGGAAAUUCCUCAAAUGCCCACAGUUCAAAAUAAGUGCUCCCAGUACUUUUAAUGUAGUAAUUGAAAUAAUGUGAAUCCAGAAGUAACCAAUCUUUAGAUCAUAGCAUUAUAACUUUGGGUCAUAGCCCACUGGGAACUAUUUUGCACAAGUUGUAAAAGAAUGAAGGUGGGUUUGUCAGGAACUGUUGUCUUGUAUGCAGAAUUAGUUCUGUGGAUUGUCUGGUACCCAGUAUCAGUGUUAACUGUACCUGGUAGUGCAGUCCCUAUUUCACAACAACCAGAAGUAUGUAGUAAAGGGUUUUUUUGUUUAUCUUUUGACUAGGGAUAUUCAUCUUGCUGCUUUUGAAAUAAAUUCCUUUUAAUUUA